GGAGGCUCCGCUUUGGGCUGGGGUGCUAGGGGUUUGAGCCAUAGUCUGCCCUGCCUUGCGGAGGGAGAAGCAGAAGGGACAGAGUAGCCCCGCCCGCCCAGAGUGUCAUGUCCACUCUUAUCAGGACCGCCAGGGCGGAAGGAGCAGGAAGGAGGUGCUGAGGCCGGAACUACUUGAGAUGGGGGAAGAGGCGACCUCCACCCGUCUCCCAAGAGCCCCGACCCACGGCGGAGACGCCCGAGUCCUCACGCUGCAUGAGCUCCGGCACGGGAGAGCCGGGACGUCCAGCAGGACCGAGUCCCCGCCCGCCCCCUCGAGGAUCAGGUGCUCAACGCCCUGCCGGGCCGCCAAAUCCCCGCCGCCGGCGUCCCAGGGUUCGUGCACCCCCGGCCCCCGCCCCCCAGGAGACGCACUCACUUUCCCCCACCACCGCCUUCAGCCCCGAGGGCGCCAUCUUCCCCCAGGGGCGCCGCCACCGCUUCCGGGUCUGUCCCAAGGUGGGGGCGUGGCCCCGCGCGUCAGCCACCUGGACCCCGCCCCGCGGAGCUGGCCCCUCCCACACCGGUCCUCGGAGAGGAAGAUCUGUCCCCCGCAGAGUGGGCGGGCGGAUGUGUCCACGCAGACGAGUGCGGAGUCACUGGAGGGGCCCCCAGACGACACACGCAGACGUGAGCUCAGACACAUCUUCCCUGCUUGCGUGCAGCGAGCAAGUGGGAUUGCGGGGAAACAACGCUUUAAUCUUUCCCAGACGCGGCUACCACCCUGCCAGAAGUUUCUCCGCGGCUGACGGAUGCUGUGUGCCCAUCGGGGGCCGUGGGGCCAUAAGCCCGUGACCCGAGCGUAGCCGCGGGCUGGACAACAUGUGAUCAACUCACGAGAAAGCCUGGAGGGAGGGUUGAAGCUAAACCAGCACCCACUGUGUGCCAAGGACCUGUGCCAGAUUCUCAUUCCAUCCCCGGAGAAGCCCUGACAGGGAGUGCGGUAUAGACAAUGAAACCGCGGCUCAGCGGGACCCUUGUCUAAGGCCACACGAUGAAUAGGCCUGCUGGGAUCUGAACGUGGACUCUGUCGGAGGGGGGCCGCUUGUCAUAGCCUUGCCCUCAUGGGCUGAUAAUCACAUCUCUCUGCUGAUGAACCCGUGGGCUCAGCGGCAUGCUUCAACCCCUUGCACACUUACACACACACUCAAUUCACACUUGACUCGAAAGUUCAUGGCCUGCUCCUGCUGUGCCCCAGCAAGUGGCUGUCACCUUGCCACACAGAGGGCACAGUCCAGUGGCACCCAUCCAAAAGAGGUCCCGUAUCUCAGGUGUGAUGCAUGGGUGUGAAUGCAGAGUCCAGAACUGGUUCCUUCAUUUGGCCAUGUUUAUUAAGAAUUGGUCUGGAUGGGGCACCUGCAUGACUCGGUCGGUUAAGCAGUCUGCCUUUGGCUCAGGUUAUAAUCCCAGGGUCCUGGGUUGGAGCCCCAUGUCAGGCUCUCUGCUUAGCAGGGAGU